AUGAGCCAGAAAGACAAGUCAGAACUCAUUUAUCGCAGAGUUCGAGAGAUUUACGAAACGGAAGAGACGUUUGUCAAUAAGCUUAGAGAGUUCAUCAGCGCUGGAAAGAAAGGCAUCGAGCAGAUACCCGAGCUGAACAAUGGCCUCUGUGAAAAAAUCUCAGACGUUAUUCACGCCUUGCGUCCGGUCCUUAAUUUUCACAAUGAAUAUCUACUUAUCAAGUUGAAAAAAUGUGAUGGGCAAAUGGAUGCAGACAUCAGAAUGUCAAAAGUUGCGGAUAUCUUCUGUGAACUGGACAACGAAAGUCUUUUUGAAGAACAUUACCGGACUUAUAUCAAGCACUAUGCAAAGUACACUCAUUUUACGAAGCUGAUGAGUCGGGAAGAAUACGCGCCCAUUCAAGAGCUGAUUCAAAAUAGCUUGAAACUCAAGCUCGGCCACGACGCAUAUCUUGUGGAGCCAAUUCAACGGGUCUGCCGAUAUCCAAUUCUCCUCAAAGCCGUGUUAAAAAGUGCGGAAGACACGAACUCUCCGGCAGCGGCAAAACUCGCGACGGCGACGGAAAUCAUGGAGAAGCAGGCAAGAGUGAUCAACGAGCUGCAACAGACUGCGGACCAUUUUAUAGAUGCGCGCGAUGAAUCUGUUGUCAGAAGAACAGUUAGAAAAGCUCGCGGAAAAGCUCUUCGAAGGGAUAAAAUUCACAAAGCAAAGGAUCACAAUUUUGUGUCGAAGUUUUUCAACCAGCCGACUUUCUGUGCCCACUGCACCGAUUUUAUUUGGGGCAUCAACGCUAAGCAAGGAUUCAAGUGCACUUGCUGCCAAGUCUCCGUCCACAAGCGAUGCUACAAGUACAUCAAUUUCAACUGCACAAGAAGAAGUGAUGGAACAAUCAAAGCCUCACUAGAAACCAAAGCUCACGAUUUCGCAGAACAGAACUAUUAUAAACCGACAUUUUGCGGACACUGCGGCGUCCUGCUUGUCGGAUUUACGAAACAAGGCCUGCAGUGUCGAAUCUGCUCGCUUAACGUCCACCGCAAGUGCAAAGAUCUGGUGGUGGGCUGCAUUCCAGAGUCUGAACGCAAUGAACGCUAUGGCCGAAUCAACCUCAAAAUUGAAAUUUAUCAACGACGGUGCCAUAUUGAUAUUUUUCGUGCGCAUAAUCUACCUCCGAUGGAUGCUAAUGGCUUCUCCGAUCCCUUUGUCAAGAUAUCCAUAGCUUAG